AGGAAUAUAUAAAUAUCUCAAAAAUCCUUCCUCUGUCGAGGCUUGGGUGCUGUGCUAAUAGAAUUUUCCGUUUCCUUCACGCGGUUUCAUCUUUCAGUUUCAUUUCUUUUGUACCAUCAGCAUCAUGGCCGACAACGAUAAGAACAUCGAGAUAUGGAAAAUUAAGAAGCUCAUCAAAGCUCUUGAAACUGCUCGGGGAAAUGGCACCAGCAUGAUCUCCCUUAUCAUGCCUCCUCGUGAUCAGGUUGCCCGUGUUACCAAGAUGUUGGGUGAUGAAUAUGGAACUGCUUCAAACAUCAAGAGCAGGGUCAACCGUCAAUCUGUUUUGGGGGCCAUAACUUCUGCCCAGCAGAGGCUGAAGCUUUACAAUAAGGUCCCUCCCAAUGGGCUCGUGCUCUACACUGGUACCGUUGUCAACGAAGAGGGCAAGGAAAAGAAGGUCACUAUCGACUUUGAGCCUUUCAGGCCUAUUAAUGCAUCGCUCUACCUGUGUGACAACAAGUUCCACACUGAAGCUCUGAAUGAACUCCUGGAAUCUGAUGAGAAGUUUGGAUUUAUUGUGAUGGAUGGGAAUGGAACCCUCUUUGGAACUCUCAGCGGAAAUACCCGAGAGGUGCUUCACAAGUUCUCUGUUGAUCUCCCUAAGAAACACGGGAGAGGAGGGCAGUCGGCCCUACGGUUUGCCCGUCUUCGUAUGGAGAAGCGUCACAACUAUGUGAGGAAGACCGCUGAACUUGCCACACAGUAUUUCAUUAAUCCAGCUACAAGCCAGCCUAAUGUGGCUGGGCUGAUACUUGCUGGGUCAGCAGAUUUCAAGACUGAACUGAGCCAGUCGGAUAUGUUUGAUCCCCGUCUCCAGGUGAAGAUUCUUAAUGUUGUUGAUGUUUCGUAUGGAGGAGAAAAUGGUUUCAAUCAGGCUAUCGAGCUAUCUUCUGAAAUCCUGGCUAAUGUGAAGUUCAUUCAAGAGAAGCGUUUGAUAGGAAAGUACUUUGAGGAGAUAAGCCAGGACACUGGGAAGUAUGUCUUUGGUGUGGAUGACACACUGAAGGCUUUGGAGUCGGGAGCUGUCGAGACACUGAUUGUGUGGGAGAAUCUGGACAUCAACCGAUACGUGAUGAAAGACAAUGCGACGGGUGAAACUCUGAUCAAAUUUCUGAACAAGGAGCAGGAGGCCAAUAUGGAUAACUUCAAAGCAGACAACAACGACUUGGAUGUGGAGGACAAGAUGCCUCUCCUGGAGUGGCUUGCUAACGAAUACCGACAAUAUGGAUGUAGUCUAGAGUUUGUUACCAACAAGUCGCAAGAAGGGUCUCAGUUUUGCAGAGGCUUUGGAGGGAUUGGAGGAAUUCUCCGUUACCAGCUUGACUUGAGCAACUUUGACGAGGACGACGGAGAAAUUUACGAUGACUCUGAAUAGCAAUCAAUCAACCCUUCCUCGUCGCUGGUACAGGACGAUGGGGCCUCAAGCCUGAACCAGCCUGCGUGGGCUCUCGGGUCAUGCAGAAUAUGAGAUGAAAAUUAUGUACCCUCACUUUUCCAGUUAUUAUGCGUAAGGUGGAGAAUCAAAAGAAACGGAGAGGUGUGGAACAAUACAGCUUUAGAGGGCGAAUAACUUUUGGACGCAGCUAUCUGCUUCUGCCUCUGUUUGUCACAAGUCGGCCGGUGAUGUUUCCGUUGUUUCCCGCGACACGGAACAAUUGAAAACAUGUCUUUUUCGGUUAUUUUAUGUUUCAGACGACUCAUUUAGUUUGCCAUUUGGGGUACUUAUUUUUCUUUCUUGCACCAUUGGUUGUGUCUCUUUCUGCCCAAGGGAGACAACAUCUGAGUACUUUGGUUUGUCUAUGGUGUGUUGUGUGGUCGGUUUGCAGGGUUUAUGCUUACGAAUUGAAAGCUUGGACGACGUAUGUAUGUAUGUAUGUAUGCUAUGUUGUUCUGUU